AUGGCUAAACCCGAUGUCGAUUCCUCCUCCGCGCCUAACGUAAAAGCGACCGCCAAUAAGACCAGAACUUCGAUCUUCUCUCGCAUUGCCACCGCAGCCAAGAGAGCGACCGGUCCAUCUACUGGACGCCGGUCUGUGAGCGAUGGCCUCGCGGCUGUCUUUGUGUUGCCAGUCGCGCUGGGAUCACUGGGAUCCCUCGAUCAUGCACAACAGAGUCAAAACAACCAGUGCGCUGCCGACAGUCCCAAGGUUACGUCUGGAAUUGCUUCCGAAUCUUCUCUCUCCAGUUCCAAGGACAAGGUCGCCGCCCCUGCUCCCAAGGUCACCACUAGCCCUACUCCCAAGGUCAACCAGUUUCAUGUGGAUAUCUUUACCAGGAACCUCCCCAAGCCCAAGCCGCAUAUUACAUGGCCAAACGUUGGAGACCGAAUCAGAACGACCCCUCAGCUUGCCCUGUGCGCCUCCUUGCUUCCCAAGGAGUCGACCGUCGAGGCCGAAUUCGGCGAGGAUGAUGAUGUACUCGAGAGUGACUCCGAUGAGAAAGUACCCGACGGUGUUCCAGCUGACUGGGUAAAGGCCAUGGAAGAGCCGAUGAAGCAGGAUCUCAUUCAAGAGCUCGCAAACGGAACAGUCGAUGAGUACAACAAGGAUGCCACCAAGAAUUCGGAUACCAUUGCCGAGGCAGUCUUUCUUGCACCUGUCCUGAACUAUGAAUACUAUCGCAUCCUGCUCGACCACACCAUUCGCAAGUUCGAGAUCUCGCCCCUCUUGGACCUCAUUUCGCUCCAAGGCCUCGUUCAAGUGGUCCAGUCUGCCUCGCCUGGCUUUCUCGAGGCUGACGAUCUGAGAAGGAUCCUCGGAUUUGUUCGAACCCGCCUUCUUGGUACCUUGCGGCAGACGACCGACUAUGUAUACCACCUGACGCUAGCCGUCUCCCGUAUCCUCGACGUUAUGGCCGACAAUAAAGUCAAUGGCCUUGACCGCGUAACGGAGCACGAGUCCCUAUCUGCCGUUUUGUCUGGUCUGAAGGGUAGCUCAGACCCCUUUCUGCUGUACCAAGCGUCGUACGCGUAUCAGGCCCUGCAAUACGUCCCCCACAACGAGACGUCUCGACAGGCCAUUUUCCGUCAUACGGGUAAAGUACUAGAGAGUGCCAUCAAGAUCUCUACCGUGCUCAAGGUGGAUGUCGGAGAGUUCUUCAAUGGACUUAAGAGUCUUACCGAUGUUGCCGUUACCGUCUACGAAAGUGCCAAGUCUGGAUAUGAAGCUGUAUGCUCUUUGAUUGAGAGUGGCCAAGGCGUGUUUGACAGCCUUAAGGAGGGGCUGGGCGCAGGACACAAGCGACAGUGGUAUUUGACGAUCCGUCAAGCCGACAAAUUUAUGCGUGGAGGGCGUGUUGCUGAGUUGAACCGACUCAUCGGUGAGGCGCCUUGUCGACGAGACCCCUUCUUCCAGUGGGGAAUCUGCCAGUUACUCGGGGAACUCGCCGCCGACUCUGACUGGGAUGUCGAGACACGCAAGCACGCUGUCGAUUUCCUUCUCGUGCUACACAAGGACGACGAUGUAUGGGGCAAGGAUGAGAGCGUGAGAAACUGGACAGUGACCCUCCUCGAGCGUCUCUCCAAACUGCCGAUCGACAGAAAGACCUCUACCCACACUGCCCCCCAAGAUCAAGCAGUCAAGGAUCAUGCUCUGACCUUGUUCAGGUCUCUUUCCAAAGAUGUCGCUGUCGAUGCUGUUUUCCGGAGUCUGUACCCUUUGAGGUCCCGCUUGUCGAUGCCUAAGUCGUCGACGCUUUUGACUCGGGUCGUUCUCGAUGUUAAAUUCGAUUUGGACCAUGUCAAGGACGAAGUAUUAGGACGAUCUGGUCAAGCCGUGUACAUCCCUCCUCAGGCCAAGGCUAACCUCAAGGCCUCCGACAACGACACCUUCUCUUUGAUGGCCAGCGUCAAGGACUUCCUCGCCAGUGAGCGCCAAGUGAUGCUGGUUCUGGGAGACUCUGGUUCUGGCAAGUCGACGUUCAACAAGCAUCUGGAGCGUGAACUUUGGAGCAGCUACGUGGAACACCAUGCUCUUGACGAGAAGGAGCCCAUCCCGCUCUUCAUCAACUUGGCAACCAUCGACGACCCUGAACGAGACCUGAUCGCCAAGCAGCUGAGAUUUCACAACUUCUCAGAGUCCAAAAUCCAGGAGCUGAAGGAGUCCCGCCGAUUUAUUCUGAUCUGUGAUGGCUACGACGAGAUAAAAUUGACCUCCAAUCUGUACUUCAAGAACCAGCUGAACGCGGGACGGGAUCACUGGCAGGCCAAAAUGGUUAUCAGUUGUCGCAGCGCCAAGCUUGGCCACCAGUACAAAACUCAGUUCAUGCCCUUACCAUCCAACACACAUUGGGGCCAGACGGCCGACCUCUUUCAAGAAGCCGUCAUUGCGCCAUUCACACCUGACCAAAUAAAUGGCUAUAUCGACCAGUACAUUCUCAUCGAACAUUUCAACCGACCACAGUGGAAGGCGCAGGAAUACAACGACAUGCUGCAAUGGAUUCCCAGCCUGAAGGACAUGGUCAGGAACCCAUUCUUGCUGACCUUGGCCUUGGAGGCGAUGCCCAGGCUUGUUGGUGCCGGCCAUGCCAAGAAUGACCUCCUGGAGAUCAAGGUCAACCGGAUUGUGCUCUACGACGCCGUCGUGCAACAGUGGAUCAGCAACGCAGAGUGUCGUCUGGAAAAGAGCAGUCUGAGCAAGGCAGAGGCAGAGGCGCUGAAUGAUCUGCGACAGUUUGACUUUAAGCUGAAAGUCAUAGAGUAUCUCAAGGGUCUUGCUACCGAUAUCUUCAAGGAGCAGGACGGCAGUCCUCAAGUUCACUUUUCAGGAGAGGGCGAUGCGCAAUGGAAAGUCAAGUAUUUCGGACGGAUGCCAGAAACGACACUCUUGCGACAAUCAAGUCCGUUAGUUCGCAACGGGUUCCAAAACAGCUUUAUCCAUCUCUCGGUCUUGGAAUACUUCUUUGCCAGAGUUAUCUACGAUCCCGAACAGUCCAGCAAUCUCUCCCUUGCCAGCCAUCCUCUAGCCCAGAGGAGUAUUCUCGGUGAUCCAUCAAUCCUCCAGUUUUUGGCCGAACGUGUCCAAGAAGAAUCCACCAUUGAGUCUCCACUCAAGCGUGAGUUGCUGGCAGUUAUCGAGAAGUCUAAGUUGGACGAGAGCAGGGGUCAGGCAGCCGCCAAUGCGAUCACGAUUUUGGUCAAGGCAGGAGUCCGGUUCAAUGGCGCUAAUCUGAGGGGUAUCCGUAUCCCAGGUGCUGACUUAUCUGGUGGCCAAUUCGACUCGGCGCAGUUCCAAGGAGCCGACCUGAGGAAUGUCAAGCUCUCCAAGUCUUGGCUUCGACAAGCCGAUUUCAGUGACUCCAAUAUGAUAGGAGUUCAGUUUGGGGAGCUGCCGCAUGUUGAUUUGAACGCACGCGUAUCCAGCUGUGCCUAUUCACCCGACGGAGAGGCUUUUGCGGUGGGCUUGCAUGAUGGGUCGAUCGAGAUCUACGACACCGCGACAUGGACAAGGAUCCGCUCGUUUUCCGAUCCAGUCUUCGCCUCCGAUGCCGAUUAUCGAGACAGAGGCGAUGUGGUAUAUCUGGCGUUUUCACCCAAGGGAGAGUUUUUGGUCGCUGGCAGCGAACGUAACGUCUUUGGAGUUUGGAACUACCACACGGGAGAGCUGUGUCGUUCGCUGGAGGGUCACCCUGACGGUAUCACGUCCGUGGCAGUCUCGCCCGAUGGUCGGCAGAUUGCCACAGCAGGCCAGGAUAAGACGGUUCGAUUAUGGGGAUUGCAUUCAGGAGAGCAGGAGGUCGUCUUGACUGGCCAUACCGGUCCAGUGAUGACCGUCGCUUACUCCCCGGACGGAAGACAGCUUGUCUCUGGAGACCAUGGAGGUGUUAUCAGACUGUGGAUUGUCCAAGCAAGAGAGGCUGGGCUUGUUCUGACCCGAGAGCCUCUAGGGUGGGUGCACAGCGUCGCUUAUUCUUCGGACGGACGGCGAAUCGUAUCCGGACACGUUGAUGGUCAAAUUCAGCUCUGGAACGCCGAGACGGGAGAGCCAGGACUCCUCUUGAUCGGACACGCGAAAAGCGUCAGGGAAGUAGUAUUUUCGACCAACAACCAGUGGAUUGCGUCUGCAGGUUGGGAUUCCACCGUCCGUCUUUAUGACGCUGAGACGGGCACUCUUUGCAACACCUUGACUGGGCACUCACUCUUCGUCGUGUGUGUGAGGUUUUCCCCUAUCAGUCCCCAGUUCGCGUCUUGCGGUCAUGAUAGGACUAUCCGGAUCUGGGAGUUGCAGGAUCUGUACGCUAGUGGGCCAAACCAAGGCGUGCAGAACUUGACAAGGCCUCUUCCGCUCGUAGCGUACUCGCCGUCGGGCCAACAUGUUGUCUCGGCAAAUCGCGGAGGAGUCCUCCGCCAAUGGGACGCCAUGUCAACCGACCCUCAUCUCCUUCGGCGCUCUGAAGAUCAAGAUGUCGCAUGUAUGGCAUACUCGCCCAACGGCCUCCAGAUUGCAACGGCUUCCAACUCUCCCGAUGACGGCAGUGUUCAGCUGUGGGAUCUUUCAACGGACAAGGCAGGACUUGUGCUCCCCAGAGACGACAGCGGUGUCGGAGCUCUUUUCUAUUCGCCUUGCAGCCGUUGGAUUGCCAUCGCCUUUGAGGAAGGACCAGUCGCUAUAUAUGACACUCAAGCUACCGAUGUACGCCUCGUUCAUACCUUCAACAACCAUGCCUGCGGAGUCGCGUUCUCCCCCGAUGGCAGUCGGAUUGCCCUUGGUGGCUUCAGCAAAAAACUUUGGGUCCAUGACGCGUCUACGGGCAAGCUGGUGGCGACAUUGAAGGGUCACAGUGGGCCGAUUCUAGACGUUGUCUACUCCCCCGAUGGUUCGUUAAUUGGGUCGAGUAGUUGGGACAAUACCGCUCGACUCUGGAAUACGACGACCAACAAGCUUGCAGUGAUUUUGCAAGGACACCUCCAUUGGGUCCAGUGCCUGUCCUUUUCGACCUGCGGAAGAUGGAUUGCCACCGGGAGCAAAGACUGUACUGUGCGGCUGUGGGAUGUCCAGUCGAGUCUUUUGAGCGCGUCGGACCAAAAUGUCGAGUCGUCGGGAGUAUGUGUGUCGGUUGUCCAGCCGUUCUUUGCACCGGUCACCCAUUUGGCCUGGAAUCCCAACGGUGCAAUGGAGUUUGUCAGUGCGAGCCACGAUCAUUCUAUCCGAGCGUGGGAGGUUGUUGUUGUUGUUGGAGAAGGAAAGAGCAAAGACAAUGAGGAAGGACAAGAUGCUGCUGAUGUUGUGAGCGUUCAGUUGCAAUGGGUCUCCGAAUGCAACAGUCUUGUCGGUAUUAGAACCAAGACGGCGGAGGCCAAGGGGCUGACAGCCUUUGAUCGAGCUUUGUUGAAGCAGCACGAGAGUGCGAAGGUGGACAGGCCUGUAGGAUUAGACGAAUUGGUUCUUUAG